UUUUUCUUUGUUUUUAGAAGUAGUUUAGUUUGUCCAGAGUAGAAUGUAUGUUUAGGAAUAGUAUAGUAUUUCAAGGAAGAAGCAUGAGGGACAACAUUGUGCAUAUAAAGGUCCUCCUGAAUGCUUUGUUUAUUGAAUGUAAAACAUGGUAACACUGAAAUACUAAGGCCAGAUUGAUGAUUCAAACCACUUUGAACAAGAAGUUCCUUCCAUACAGAAGAGAGAAACAUACGUUCUUUCAGAUAUUCUCAAUCAACUAGUGGAACCUGCAAUCAGAUUUUUCUCAAGAUGGCUUAUCUGAAGAACUGAGAGAUUCAUCAACGUGCUGUAAUUAAGAGGCCAGUUGCCUGGACACAAUGGACCACUUAGGGACAGCAGACACUGAGGAUGAUUCAGGAUCAUUAACAAAUCUUGCUCCUAGUCCUCAUAGUGAAGCAGUUGCUCAUGAAUUUCAGGAACUCUCAUUGCAGCCUAGUCAGUACUUACCUCCCCUCACUGAACGAAAGAAUGUACUUCAGCUUAGGCUGCAGCAAAGACGGACAAGAGAACAGCUGGUGGACCAGGGCAUCAUGCCACCUUUGAAAAGCCCAGCUGCAUUCCAUGAGCAGAGAAAGAGCUUGGAACGAGCCAGGACUGAGAAUUUUCUGAAGCACAAGAUUCGCAGCAGACCAGAUCGAUCAGAAUUGGUCAGAAUGCAUAUCCUGGAAGAGACAUUUGCAGAACCCUCACUGCAGGCAACUCAGAUGAAACUGAAGAGAGCUCGACUGGCAGAUGAUCUGAAUGAAAAGAUUGCUCAGAGGCCUGGCCCUAUGGAACUGGUGGAAAAGAACAUCCUUCCUGUAGACUCCAGUGUUAAAGAAGCAAUUAUAGCAGUUGGACAAGAGAGUUAUCCCCAAGCUUUGGAUGAUUACUCAUUUGAUGAAGACAGCAGUGACGCUUUAUCUCCAGAUCAGCCAGCUAGCCAGGAAUCCCAGGGUUCAGCAGCAUCUCCUGGUGAGCCAAAAACAAGUGACUCGCCAUCAUCAGUCACACCGAACACUACUUCUACCACACAGCAGUAUCUCUCAUUAACCUCUGCAGUCCCUGAAUUCCUAAAGCCUGCCCCCACCACUGAGCAGCACACUACACACUCUACAACUACUGCUACCACUCUGACCACAAAUACUCUAUCUGCAGCAAAGCCUGGGCCAACUUUGGUAAAGCAAAGCCACCCCAAGAACCCAAAUGACAAGCAUCGGAGCAAGAAAUGUAAAGAACCUAAGCCUAGGGUAAAGAAGUUGAAGUAUCAUCAAUAUAUCCCACCUGAUCAGAAAGGUGAGAAGAACGAGCCACAGAUGGACUCCAAUUAUGCUCGUUUACUACAGCAACAGCAGCUUUUUUUGCAGCUGCAGAUCCUGAGCCAACAGCAACAACACUACAACUACCAGACAAUUCUACCUGCACCGCUCAAACCUCUCAGUGACAAACAGAACAACAAUGGGAAUAUACCACUGACUACUUUGAGCAACAGCACACCUACGUCCGUAGCCUGCACACCAAGACAGAACAGUAAUAUUCCCAGCAGAAAACCAGGACCGCUUCCUUCAAGCUUGGAUGACCUGAAGGUAGCUGAACUGAAGAUGGAAUUGAAAUUAAGGGGAUUGCCAGUGUCUGGAACUAAAACAGAUCUUAUUGAGCGUCUAAAACCCUACCAAGAUCUUAAUAAUAAUGGUGUCAAUACUAAUAAAGUGGUUGCAAUAACCACUUCUACUGGUGUCAUCAGUAACACAGGGGAGGUAACUGUGGCAUUCCCUGUUACAACAUUAAAUAAAUCAGUGGGGAGCUUUCCUUCAGAAACGUCGUCUGCUGGAACUGGCUUCAAAUUAGCACAUACUGAAAGCAUUAGCUCCCCUUUGCCCAUUUCACCAUCUCCUUCAGAACAGUCAAGUCUGAGCACAGAUGACACAAACAUAACAGAUACUUUCACAGAAUUGAUGAGCAUGAUGUCACCGUCGCAGUUCUUAAGCACAUCACCUCUAAGAAUGACUGUGAAUGAAGAUAGUCCGAGUCAUGCCAGUGGAAGCAUUUCAAGCAUGGAGCUUGAUGCAGCAGAAAAGGACCGCAAGCUUCAAGAAAAAGAGAAGCAGAUUGAAGAGCUCAAAAGGAAACUGGAACAAGAACAGAAACUUGUGGAAGUACUGAAAAUGCAACUGGAGGUUGAAAAACGAGGUCAGCAGCAGCAGCAGCAAUCCCAGACUCCUGUUAACUCCAUAACUACGUUGGAUCAGAAACAGUUAAAUGCUGCUAUCAAAGAUGAAAACACUCUCACUGAUUGCUGUAGUCCAAGGCAACCAGUAUCUGUAACCAACCAUUCUUUAGGACAGCCAGUGUCUACUGGUGGCCAGAACCUAGUUGCUAAAAAGGCUGUUGUUAUCAAACAGGAGGUACCUUUGGCCAAAGCUGAACCACAGAAUGUAAUCUCUCAAUUCUAUGUGAGUUCACAGAGGCAGCCACAAACUGCAGUUGUUGCACAGCCUCAAGCCUUACUAGCUACCCAUGGAACAACACAGUUGCUACUCCCACUGUCUAUCCAAGGACCGAAUUCAGCCACUUCAGUGCAGCUACCAUUGGGCAAUAUACAGCUACAGGCUCAGUCACAAGCAGGAAUUCAGGCUUCCUCACAAGUAUCUGCGCCUGUUUCAUCUUCUGGUCUAGUUCAGACAGCAGCAGAGAUGCAUGGUCCACUAUCAAAACAAAGUACUGUCACCCAGUAUGUGCUCAGUCAGGCCCAACAAAUCAGAAAGGUUUUCCCAUCUAAUACAUCAAAUGCAGUAUUUCCCUAUCAAAAUCCACCAGUUACAACACUACAGCAGCCUUUUAUCAAUAAGGCAUUAAACACUAGCCUCGAUGCUGCGAAGAACCAGGUUCCCUCAGUGCAAAAUGGACCCAGUAAGCCUGACUCACCAUCUGAGUCCCAACCAUAUAUCAUACAACAUUCUCUAUUCAGCAAUCCAGUAACCAAGACAAAAGACCCUCCACGUUAUGAAGAGGCCAUAAAACAAACCCGCAACAUGCAGGCAUGUCAGCGAGAGAUUUCAAAUGCACACAGUCAGCAGAUGGAUGAUCUCUUUGAUAUCCUCAUUAAGAGUGGAGAGAUUUCCCUCCCUAUAAAAGAGGAACCAUCUCCCAUUUCCAAAAUGAGACCAGUUACAGCCAAUAUCACCACAAUGCCAGUGAACACAGUGGUAUCUCGCCCACCACCACAAGUCCAAAUGGCACCUCCUAUGUCUUUAGAACCAACAAACAGUUUGUCUAUAAGUUUGGAGAACCAACUUGAAGCUCUCUUGGAUGGAACUUUACCUUCAGGUAAUGAAAUUCCUCAACUAACAAGCAGUAGUGAGGACAGAGAAUCAUUUUCUCUGAUUGAAGAUCUUCAGAAUGAUCUGCUUAAUCACUCCAGCAUGCUUGAUCAUGCUCAUUCGCCAAUGGAAACAGCUGACCAACAAUUCACUGCUAAUAGUUCCUGUUUAUCUCUUGACCUUCCUGACACAAAUUUAGACAAUAUGGAGUGGUUAGACAUUACCAUGCCCAAUUCCUCAUCGGGGCUUACUCCUCUGAGCUCUGCUGCCCCAAGUAUGUUUUCCACUGACUUUCUAGAUCCACAAGACCUACAGCUGCACUGGGAUUAAGCUAUAGAGGUGCAGCAAAUUAAAAUUUGACUUUAUCUGUUUACAGUAUAUGUUCUUUAUGACACAAUUCUGGUUGCAAUUAAGGUAAAUUACCACAAAAUGAUUGGGAAGGAGAAAUGCUUGAUGCUAAUUCUGCAUUUAUGUUGAAGUAUACAAGUAAGUUUCUUUACCCUUCUAUCAAUAAUGCAGAUCAGAGCCAUCUGGAAAUUAUACUUCACAGGUCAAGAGAGAAUGAUUGUAGUUAUUGAUGAAAAGUACCACCCAGAAGAAAGCAGGAAAAAAAAGUGUAUAUAGGAAAUAGCAUUGACAUAUCUUCAUAAUGCUCAAACGAACUGCAAAACGUGUGGUCAUUUGAUUAGACUUUAAACAGAAGAAAAAUAGUGCAAUCAGAUUUCAACCUACUGUACCAAUAAAGAGUAAACAUUGUUUGAGGGAAGGUCAGAUAUCACUGCACUUGAUUGUUCCUGUGGACAGCCUGAGCCAAGAUCAAGAGGCAUUGUAAGGGCAAAGGCAACUAAAAGCACUGGCUGGUUCAGUGAAAUUUCACUUGUCUAGAGUUUUUAAAUUUGUUCAAGUUGUAUUUGUAUUUUAUUUUAUUUUAUUUUCUGUGACUUUUAGAAAACUCUUACUCUAUUUCAAUUUUAAAUCCUGAGGGAAGAACUUAACUGCAGCCAAAGGGAUAUUUUAAAUGUAAUUGCACACAAUCCACUGUAGCAAGGCCAGGUAUAUUGAGAACACUGAAUUUUCUAUAGCAACACUUUGGAUUUAUUAGAUAUGUGUAUAUCAGACAGUUAUUUGUAUACUUUUUACCUUUGUGACUUGUACAGCUUAUUUUUGUGAAGGCAGAGUAGCAGUGGUCACCAAACCAACAGACUAUAGUAUUCUAAGAAUAUUUAAUAUCCAAAGUUUACUUCCAUUGUUUCAGAGACUAUUUGCUAGAGACAUUCAUCUAGCCAAAUAUCUCAAAGAAUCAUUUCAGGAUAGUAAAAUGUUUACAGGACAAUACAAGAGGGGUUCCAUAUAAUUGUUGUAGGCCCUGAUCUUGCAAACAUUUAUGGACAUGAGUAAGACAUGCUGACCGCAAUUAAAAUUUUUGCAGAAUCAAGGUCAGAAUUCAUAGGAUGUACUGACAAGAUAGGCAACUUUAAUCUCUUAAGAUAGCGACAUACCCACUCCCUAACCCCUGAACAUCUUAGAUAAAAGUUGUUCAGGAGCAAUGAAAAAAUAGAAAAGCUUCAAGAUGUAAAAUUCAACACUAUUAAAAAAAAUAGAAUAAAUGAUUGUAGCAAAAAACAGUACUUAGUUGAGGGCAUGCUGGAUUGGUGGUGAUGGGUAUACAGUAACAAAUGACAACCCCCUAAUUUGCUCCUUGUAGAAUUUCUAACUUUUUAGAAACUAACAUGAAAAUACUUUGAAAAACAAACCAGAAUGAAAUAUUCUAGAACUCUAUUUUAUUUCUCAUACAAUAACUUUAACAGUAUUGCUGUAACUAAUGCAUACAUAUUCUCACAAAGUUAAGAUCAGAAAUAAAGCAAUUUCUGGGCUGAAAAUGGGUCUCAGUUCAGAAACAGGUUUCAGAGUAGCAGCCGUGUUAGUCUGUAUCCGCAAAAAGAACAGGAGUACUUGUGGCACCUUAGAGACUAACACAUUUAUUUGAGCAUAAGUUUUCGUGGGCUACAGCCUACUUCAUUGGAUGCAUAGAAUGGAACAUAUACUAAGGAGAUAUAUAUACACAUACAGAGAACAUGAAAAGGUGGGAGUUGCCCUACCAACUCUAAGAGGCUAAUUAAUUAAGAUGAGCAAUUAUCAGCAGGAGAAAAAAAAAACUUUAGUGAUUAAUCAAGAUGGCCCAUUUCAGACACUUUGACAAGAAAGUAUGAGGAUACUUAAUUGUUUUUUCAGUUUCAAAAAUAACAUUUAGCAAGUGAUUAGUGCACAAUGUGGUAUGAAAGCUUAUGUCAUUUUGCAGAGGUAAACUGAUAUCAAAGAAAUGAUGGAAACAAACUAAAAGUGGUUGCUGUUAACUGUACAGUAACCAUACCAAAAUGAACUUUCAAAAUGGCUGUCAGUACGUCUAGCUUAUAAUAGUCCAAAUUCUUAUAAUUACUUAAUUACCAAUCAUGAAGUGUGAGCCAUUAGUUCUGCUUGGGCAGAGUUCAGCUGACUAAGUAUAAACACAGAAAUGCAGACUAAUGGAUUACUUUGCAGACUUGGGGACUAAAUUAGCAUGUGUACUUUUUGGGAUAGAUCAGAUCAACAUUUAAAAACUAAUUACAUAUCUUUAUAUGAAAAUGUUUGCAAACAUUUCAUAAAAGGCCACACUUAUGAAGAUGCCAAUUCAUACAUGUAGUUUGGUUUUAAACAUAAACAUUCUAAAGAAAAUGUCUGUCAUAUUAACAAAAAGCAAAGAAAUUCAAAGUUGAGGGAUAGGAUGCUAUCCUUAUUCCUCGCUGUUGUGCCUAGAUACUGCCAGGAGUAGUUGUGCAUACAAUACUUGGGUACAAUGUUACAUAUGGACUGUCUGCCUUAAAUUUUGAUUGUCUUGGCUUUGGCAUUAUAUAUACUGUUACUUAUGUGUAGUAUUUUGCUUUUAAUAUUGAUGAUUAGAGUAGGGUUCUUCAGACAAUAAAUGAACAAAUACCCUGACCUUUACUCAUUCCACUUGGUGACACUCUCUUGGGGGCUGAUCCUAUGAGGUGCUAAGUGCCUCCUCUGAGCUCCUGAUUCUUCUCUUCGUUUAAGUAAAAUCUGAGAACACAGUUAAAGGCACUCAGCACCUUGGAGGAAUAGGUGCUUGGUCUGGUAGCUAGACCUGUGUAUGAAAUUUAUAUUGUUCUAUGCUACUACGUUAGUAUAUUAUAUAUGAUACUGUAUGAAAAAUGUGCAGGGUGAAAUGUGACAACAGACCAAAGACGGUAGUAAUGGCCCCUUUUGUCUUUGCCUUCUGUUUAAAUGAUGGUGAUUUUAACUAAAAUCAGUUUUCUAGUUGAGGAAAUACUAUUUUUUUGAUGUGCAUGUAAAUACAGCUUCAUACUGGCAAUAUUGUAUAGUAUAUUGCUAUACCAAUACCCUUAUUGGCAAUGUAGAAUGUUAACAAACCCACAGGAAUCUGUGUGCAGGAAAAAAAAAAUCCCAUAUAUCUAAAAUGUGCUGAUAGCAGUACAGAAUUGCUUUCUGCUUAUAUUGUCUCAAUUCACGUAAAACUAAGGAAUUAGUAUAUUGUCUUUGAAACAGAAAUGUGGUUUUGUAUAAUUCAGAAUUACUUGUAUUCUAAAACCUUAUACACACACAUAGCUAUAUGUAUGUUCGCUUUAGAGUGUAUGUUGUAAAAUGUGCUGCAGUAUUUGCCAUAUUCAUACAUACAUGGCAUUGUGGAAACAUUUUCUUGUGCAUGUUUUAAAUGAUCAUUUUUGUAAUAUAAAAAAGACAGUCAUUGUUAAAGAUUUGUACAGACUUGUGACUGCUACCACUACAGUGGUAUUUCUCAUUGUGAGAACAGUUGCACUUGCAAAAGAAUGCACUGAUACCAAAUUCACCAAGCUAGGGAAAGUAAACUAACAAAACAUGGUUCCUGUGAACUGCGCUGUUAGUGGAUGGUAACAUUACAAUUAAGGAUACCAUUUUUAUCACUGAAUUUACCACAGAAACAGUGUUUCUUCUGCACUUCUAGUGCCCUUCAAUACUUAGCAAGGCAUAUAAGUUUACAAGAUACACUUACAUGCCAUUUUUCUUGAAUACUAAACAGUUAAUUAUCUCUGUCAAAUGUAAAAGGCUUUUGAAUGGCAGAAUUUAUGGCAAUUGUUCUCUGCGCAACCUAGAACCCAAUUCUGAAACCUGAACUUGCAACAGUGAGGGUUUUCAGAAUCAGGUUUUUAAAGAGCUAAGUGCCACAGAAUUUAGGAAGAACUUCCUACUCCUAUGCUGAAAUCUUUUUUUAAACAGUUAUUAAAAUAUAGUUAGUUCACCGAGGUGACCUUAAGGUAGGUAAGCAGGUAUAUAAAAUAAGCAACAUAUGGAUGUGUUCUAUUGGUAUUUGGCUAUCUGCCAAUAUACAAAGCACAUUUGUAUGGCUGAAACCUGUUAACAGAUAGGCAACAUAAUUGAUAACCCAGCACAAGCUGUCCAACUGCUCUAGGUCACAAAAGACGACCCACUGUAAUCACAGAAUACUUUAACUGGAAGGGCCUUGUAAAGCUGAUUAAUGCACAAUCAUUUAUUUGGAUUGCAUCCUAAUUUUUUUUUAAACUGGAAAAUAAAUAUUAGAACAUAGUGCCACAAAAUUCUGAAUAAAGAACCCUUAAAUGUUGAAACACUUUACUGUUGCAGAACUGUUAAAUUUUUUAAUCUGUUCUCCUAUCACCUUUCUUGUCAAUCAGAUAACAUAGCUGUAAAGAGACUAAGUGGAAUGUGAAAAAAAAUGUUCACAGAAGAUGCACUGCAACUAGAGAACAUGCAUAAGAGGAUCAUUAUCUGAGCUCUCAAAUCUAAUUAACUGUAUAUUUAAACAGUCCCCUUUUACAUCAACUUAUUAAAUGUAAAAGGAAAUUGGAAGCAAGCACUGAAGUUCAUGCUUCAGUGCAGUUCCACAUUAGAAAAGGAGAGACAUUGUUACUGCAUUCUGCAAUGUCUGAGAUUGAAUGCAAGGAAUUUUCUUAUCCAGUGUGUAAACGUAGCUUUAGAAAUCUAGCAAUCGUCUGUUUGAGGGCUACGUUUCAGCAAAGAAUAGUAACAAGUACACCUUUAUACUACAGUAUAACAAAAAAAAAUUUUUUUUGUAAGAAUACUGCUUAGAUAAUCAAAAGGAGAUACACAGCCUCAAAUAAAAUAAUAGGAACCAAAGCAUUGUCAUUUAUAUUGCCAAAGGAGGCAUUUUGUAUUUUAAAGAAAAAAAGUCAAUCCCAAAAAGUAUUAUCCACUUACUUAGUUAUACUUUUUAAAAAUUAAGGAUGUAGAUAUUUCUGAAGUUGUUUUUGAUGUUAACAGCACACAUUUGUUGUUUUGUUUGAGAAAUUGUAUUAAGUAAUAUCUGGUUUCUUUCUCCAUUGUUGCUUGCAGUAGAAAUAAUGCUUAGCGUGAUAGGUGUUUCUCUUCUUAUUUUCAUAGUCACAAUUAUGUCUUAGCAUCUCACUUUAUGAAAAAAAGAAGAAAGAUACUAAUCUAUGGAGCUCUCUUCAUUUAAGCACUAGUUUAUUAAAUAAAAAUUAUGGCAAUCAGGAUGUCCAUAUAUGUAUUGCCUUUCUAUAAGAAACCAGGAUGCCUUUGUAUUUGCUGUUUGCACCCCUGAGAUAAAUUCCAUAUCUUUGAAUGCCAUAUGUUUUGCACAUUGUACUGUAUAUAUGUAAUGCAUACUGUAUUUUUAUAUGUGUAGUACAUUUAACAAAUAUUUUGUACAUAGUGGCAACAUUGUAGCUACUGAGGAAAUGUUUGACAUCAGCAUUUUUGCUAUGUGUCUCAAAUAAAAAAGAUAAACUGUG